AUGCAACCAUAUGGUAACAUGGAGUACCCAUUCGUCCCUCAACAAUUUUACGCCCCAUUCACGAUGCCUCAAUUCUCACCUCUCAGAGCAAUCCCACAACAACGGCAGUUCCCUUACGUCCCCGAACAAAACUUUACAACGUCAUAUUUCACCGAUGUGAACCAAUCAAAUUUACAAGAAGAGAUGAUGAAAAUCAGCGAGUUGAUAGACAACUACCCAUACGUUUCGAUGGAUACGGAAUUCCCCGGGUUCUCGAGCAAAACAUCAUCGACAUUACAAGACUCCACAGACCCCGACGAACACUACGCAUUCUUGAAAUCAAAUGUCGACGACUUGAAGAUCAUUCAGGUUGGGAUAACCCUUCAGAACAAAAAGGGGCAGUACCCUGACGACGUCAGAACGUGGCAAUUCAACUUCAAAUUUGAUGCAGAGAACGACGAGUCUUCUUCUGAGUCCAUUCAACUGCUUCAAAAGGCUGGCAUCAACUUUUCCGAAUUCAAGAAGUCCGGCAUCCUUCCCGAAGACUUCGGCGAAGCGAUUAUGGGGUCUGGUCUUGUCCUCAACGAAAACACGCAUUGGCUGACAUUCCACAGUGGAUAUGACUUUGGCUACUUUUUGAAGCUUUUAACAUGCGAGAAGCUCCCAUCUAACAUAGAUCUGUUCUUGAAAAAGCUGCGUAUCUUCUUCCCGAACAUCAUCGACUUGAAAGAAGUUACAAGUCGACUUGGACAAGGGUAUCAUGGUAGUUUACAGUCGAUUGCGUCUGGGCUUGGCGUGCAACGGAUAGGGACAAUGCAUCAGGCCGGUUCAGAUAGUUUGAUCACAGGAGGGUUAUACUUCAAACUCAAGGAAAAGUACCCCGAGUUUUCCGACGACACUUUUAAUGGUCUAUUGUUUGGGUUUAAUGCCGAGUGA